ACAUCAGCCCCUUUGCUUCAGGUACCCAAGGAGCAGUUUUCCUACAGGCGCACCGCACCUCCUUAUCGACGCCUUCAGUCAAGUUUUCUUGCAGGGGAUGACUUAUCUCAAUUCCAUUCACCACCUGCAAUUUCUUAAAAGCUUGUCCAGACUUUUUCAAGAGGGACUUCAUUUUCUCAGAGAGCAAUCUUUAGCAGCUCUGAACAGGCAUCAAAGGUGUUGUAUUUCUAUCUGUAUGGAAUGAAGUCUCUCAGACAUAUGCAAACGAUGUGCCGACAUUACCAGUGAUCCCGUCCUCUCUACUCCCACUUACUACAAGCCCCUACUCUGAAAUGGAGAAGUACUGCCUGGAUUCUCUUUCCAACAUCUCAGAACAGCAUGGCAGGUUCUGUAACAUCACGUUGCUAAAUGUUACAGGAAAUGACACUGGAACCAAGUCCAUUGAGGACAGACUACUGGAAGUUCUAGGGCCGAAGCGCUCCCCCGUCUUUCUCCCUAUCUCCCUGGUUUACCUGCUCAUCUUCCUCCUGGGCGUGUCUGGCAACCUGCUCACAUGCACAGUGAUAUCCAAACACAAGAAGAUGUGCACCCCCACCAACCUGUACCUGUUCAGCCUGGCUGUGUCAGACCUCCUGGUGCUCUUCUUUGGGAUGCCCCUGGAGAUCUACGACCUGUGGCAGAACUACCCCUUCCCCUUCGGAGAGGGAGUCUGCUACUUCAAAAUUUUCCUCUUCGAGACUGUAUGCUUUGCCUCCAUCCUCAAUGUGACAGUGCUGAGUGUGGAGAGGUAUAUCGCAGUGGUCCAUCCACUAAAAACACGCUAUGUUGCCACCAACAAGCAUGCCAAGCGUGUCAUCAGUGCUGUAUGGGUGCUGUCCCUGGUUUGUGCCAUCCCUAACACCUCCCUGCAUGGCAUCUACUACUUGAAUCUCCCGGAGAAGGUGGCAGAGUCAGCCAUAUGCAGUUUGAUAGGUUCCCCGUGGAUCUACAACCUGGUGAUUCUGAUCACCACCACAUGCUUCUACAUUGUUCCCGUGACGGUGAUCAGUGGGCUGUACCUGGGGAUUGGUAUCAAGCUGGGCAGGGAGCGACACCUCUCCCGGGGGACGAUGAGGAAGAACUGUAGCGCUAACAUCAGCUGGAGAAUCCAUGUGGAGCAAGUGCGCAGGAGACAAGUCACCAAGAUGCUUGCUGUGGUCGUGCUGGUGUUUGCCAUCUGCUGGGCACCUUUCCACAUUGACCGGAUCCUGUGGAGCUGCAUCAUGCAGUGGUCUGUCUGGACAGACCUCAACCAAGCCGUGUACCAGUGUGUGCACCUCCUUUCAGGCAUCCUCUUCUACCUCAGCUCUGCAGUCAACCCCGUUAUCUAUAACCUGCUCUCCACACGCUUCCGGGAAUGCUUCUGGGAUCUCGUCUGCACCCAUACAGAAGACACCACUGCUGGAAAAGACUUCACACCCUCCGCCAAGAUCCUGCUGGUCCCCUCGGGCCCAGUUCCUAAGACCCAAGCCAGGCCCAGUGACCACAACUCCCUCACUCCCCUGAUAUCUCCAACUGGGAACACAGAGAUCACAACACUGACAAGUAAACAUUUGUGCGUGGUAGACUCUGACUUCACUGCUACUGCUUUUUAAUCAUAUUUCAUAUUUAAUGCAGAGAUGUAGACUCGAAUCACGUGACUUGGACACUUAAUUUCCUGUUAAAUUCUGUUAUUACACCGUGAACAUACACUGAGCGUACAAAAGCUCUUUUCAUGACAUAGACUGACCAGGUGGAUCCAGGAGAAAGAUAUGAUCCCUUAGAUGUCACCUGUUCAAUGUAGGUGAAGGAGAAUAGACAGGUUACAUAAGUAUUUUUAAGCCUUGAGACAAUUAUUGUGUAUGUGUGCUAUUCAGAGGGUGAAUGGGCAAGACAAAAGAUUGAAGUGCCUUUGAAAAGGGUAGUAGGUGCAGCGGCUUGAGUGUGUCAAGAACUGCAAUGCUGCUUUUAACACCUUGUAGAGUCCAUGCCCUGAUGAAUUGAGGCUGUUCUGAGGGCAAAAGAGGGUGUAACUCAAUAUUAGGAAUGUGUUCCUAAUGUUUCGUACACAGUGAACAUUCACGGCAAUUCCAUUGCUCAAAGCGGAGAAUCGUAUUGGUUAUAUGGGAAAUGACCUUUAAAUUCUGUUCUGCCUAGCGCCGCUGCACCAACAAGUGCGGAAAGGCAAGGGGAAGAAUAGAGCACUGUCCUAUAUUUCAAUGCUUGUCGCUUGAAAAUAUGAGCUCUGAGCUUGAGUUUCUGUGAAUGUUAAUUCUCAGCCAUCCACAGACCUCUCAAUGUGCAUUCAGUGGGUAGGGGAAAAACAACACUUUAUUGUAAUUGGAGAUUUCAUAAUAUAAGUCAAACUGUAGUUGUACUAUCAACAGUAGCUGUACAUCAUCAUUUGGAUGGCCUUUUUAUUAGUAAUGAUGAUAAAAAAACAUUAAGUUAAUGAUCUGUGAAGUUUAAUAUGUAGGCCUAUGUACUGUACUAGUAGGUCUAAUGUAAGGAAAACAGUAAAUAUCCUGAUUUUAAAAAUUGCUUUGAAAUUGGUAUAAAACAAAUUGGUAUAAAAUUGGUAUAAAAAUAGAUACUUUGGGAUUUUGGCAAUCGACCUCCCCAGAGUCACAUGAACUCGUGGAAACCAUUUUCCAGUAGGAAGUAAGUUAGAGGUAGUUUUGUAAGCCAAUGCUAGCUAGUGUUAGCACAAUGACUGGAAGUCUAUUGGUAUCUGCUAAAUGGUAGUUAGCAAUUGCACUAGUUCCAGCAAAGAUUUUUUUUAAAUCAAUGACGCUAGUUAGCAACUUCGUUCAAAUUGCACGCAAAGACAUACAAAUGGUAUC